CUCUGCUCAGCUUCUGUGAAAAUUCUGUGUGUGUGUGUGUGUGUGUGUGUGAACUCCUCGCGUGUGUGUGUUAAGAAGAGUUUUAUGUGUGUGCAUAGGGUUGUGUGUUUUUCUAAGUAGAGCUGGAGUGUAGCUGUUCAUCAGUGGAGCUGACUGCAGACAGGGGAAUACUCAGAUCUCACUGCGCUGCCGUUUAAGUUACACACCAGCUGCCUUUUGGACUUUUCUAAGUCUCACUGGACUUUUUCGCACCACAGUGGGACUCUGCCGCUGCUCUCUUUCUGCCUUCCAGGCACCAUUCCCAUUACCGGAAUUACUGAAGUUUUUUUUUCUGUUUUUGUGUUCACAGUUUUACAGGAAUUUCUACCUGCCUCAAACUUAAUUUUUUUACCUUCCAAUUUAUGGAGUUUAAAAUUCACAAUCAGUUGUUUCCACCUGAUUCCAGAUGAACUCCUCUGUACAUUCAAAUUGAAUCCAGACAUGCUAAAGCCUGAGAAUGGAUCUUUGGCGAGCACCUAUGAAAGGCUCAGUGAGUGUGUGUAGGUGUGUAUAUAACACUCUCUGUACUGUGAUUGUAUAAUCAAGAAGGUUUGUCUCACAUGGGCAUGUUUGUUUUCUUUUUUAUUGCAAUGGAAAAACUAUGAGAGGUUAAACAGCAAAAAGCAGUACUGUAACUAUGGAAACGGUCAGCGAUGUCAGAGGCAUUUUGGGCUCAGGUGGAUGCUGAUCCCAGCCGGGAAUGUUCUGAACUCUUUUGGAAUUUGGUUCCACCUGGAAACGGAUGGAGAGGUCUCUAUUCACAUGUGUGACAUUUUUGUCCCGUUUUGGAUGUGAGAGGUGAUCUUGGUCGUCCUUCACAGGAGGAGCAGUGGAUCUAACCAAGAGAACUCUUAAGAAGCAAGGAGGACAUUAUAAAGAUUACAUUGAAUAUAAAAACUGGAGACUGAAGACAGACAACAAGAGGGAGCCCAAACCCAAACCAAGCUGGUCCAAGGACAGGUGGACUACAUCUAAUAUACAGACAAAAAUAGACAAAGAAUUUGAUUUUGCUCUAAAUCAAAACCAAAACAGGACAAUAACUAAACUAAAUUAGUGGAAAAUAGGACAAAUAUUGGGCGUUUAUGAUAAGUGGUUUUGGACAAAAUAGGCCAAAAUCCAACUGAAAACCACAAUAAAUUCACUUCACAGAACUUUUAAGUCAACCAUUGAAAGCAAAGUGUUUGCUCUAAGCGUGUCAAGAUGAUGACCAUGAUGAUGAUGAUGGCAGCCAUGAUGGUCACCUGCAGCUCUCUAUUCCUGCUGGGUCUGGCCGCUGCCCAUGCUUCCUCUAGCACCAUGACCCGUACUUCCUCUUCAUCUUCCUCCUCCUCAUCCUCCUCUUCUUCCUCCUCACCACGCAUGAAGCUCUCAUACAAAGAAUUGCAGCAGUUCCAUGGAGUGCGCCGGUUCGAGCUAGAGCGUUCCUGCUGCUUCAGCGCUCUGCUGUUGGAUGAAGAAAGAGGCCGUCUCUUUGUUGGGGCCAAGAACUUCCUGCUGUCACUCUCCUUGGACAACAUCGCUAAGCAGGAACACAAGAUCUACUGGCCUGCCCCCGUUGACUGGAGAGAGGAGUGUAACUGGGCUGGCAAGGAUAUCACCUCCGACUGUGUGAACUACGUGAAGAUUGUGCACCACUAUAACCGCACCCACCUGUACGCCUGUGGAACUGGGGCCUUCCACCCUACCUGUGCCUUUGUGGAGGUGGGACACAGGAUGGAGGACCAUGUGUUCAGGAUUGACCCCUCUAAGGUGGAGGACGGGAAGGGGAAGAGUCCGUAUGAUCCUCGCCACAAUGCUGCCUCUGUGCUUAUCGGUGAUGAGCUAUAUGCUGGCGUGGCCACAGACUUAAUGGGACGCGACUUCACCAUCUUCAGAAGCCUGGGGAAACGCCCCUCCAUCCGCACCGAACAGCAUGACUCACGCUGGCUCAAUGAACCAAAGUUUGUUGGUUCCUUUUGGGUCCCAGAGAGUGAAAACCCUGAUGAUGACAAGAUAUUUUUCUUCUUCCGUGAGACGGCGGUUGAGGCCCAGGGGCUUGGAAAGUCCACCUACUCCCGCAUUGGACAACUGUGCAGGAAUGACAUGGGCGGUCAGCGGAGUCUGGUGAACAAAUGGACGACAUUCCUCAAGACCCGUCUGAUCUGCUCGGUACCAGGCGCCGAUGGCAGCGACACAUACUUUGACGAGCUGCGCGAUGUUUUCCUGCUGCAGACGAGGGACAGAAAGAACCCUCUGGUCUACACCGUCUUCUCUACUUCCAGCAGUGUAUUUAAAGGCUCAGCUGUGUGUCUCUACUCCAUGAAUGACAUCCGGAGGGCCUUCCUGGGGCCCUUCGCUCACAAAGAGGGGCCCAACUACCAGUGGGUUCCCUUCCAAGGAAAAGUCCCCUAUCCCCGCCCAGGAAUGUGUCCCAGCAAAACAUUUGGCAGCUUUGAGUCCACUAAGGGUUUCCCAGACGAUGUGAUCCAGUUUGCACGUCACCACCCUUUGAUGUACAAUCCGGUCUACCCUAUGAGCCGACGGCCCGUCUUCAUCAGAACUAACGUGGACUACAGCUUCACACAGAUCGCUGUGGACAGAGUCAGUGCCGCUGACGGACAGUAUGAUGUCAUUUUUAUUGGCACAGACAAAGGGACAGUUCUAAAGGUGAUCAAUGUCCCCAAGGAGAGCUGGAACAAUAUGGAGGAACUUCUGCUGGAAGAGCUGGAGGUCUUCAAAGAUGCAUCGUCUAUCAUCAACAUGCAGAUCUCCUCAAAACGGCAACAGCUGUAUGUGGGGUCUGACACAGGCAUUGCGCAGGUACCCCUUCAUCGCUGCAGUGUGUAUGGGAAGGCCUGUGCUGAGUGCUGCCUGGCCAGAGACCCGUACUGCGCCUGGGAUGGAACAUCCUGUACUCGCUACCUGCCAAACACCAAGAGACGUUUCCGUCGCCAGGAUGUGAGGAAUGGGGACCCCAACACUCUCUGUUCUGGAGACCACCAUAAGCACCGUGUGGCAGAGAGGAAGCUGUAUGGAGUUGAGGGGAGCAGUACUUUCUUGGAGUGUAUCCCCAAAUCCCUUCAGGCCAGAGUCACCUGGACCUUCCAGAAACAUCCACAGAACCCACGAGAAGAGGUGCGUCUAGAUGACCGCAUCCUCCAGACAGACAGAGGCCUUCUGAUUCGGCGUGUCCUGAAGAGAGAUAUCGGCAUCUACCAGUGCCAUGCCAUGGAACAUGGCUUCACCCAAACUUUACUAGGCAUCACCUUGGAAGUUGUACCCUCAACAUCCUCCUCACUUUCCAAUCUACCAUCUGAUGCCCCUGUCCGAUUAGACCCCCGCAGCGGAGGUGGGCCCCCAAUGACCAAUCAAAAGCUUUGGUACCGGGACUUCAUGCAGCUGGUAGACCACCCUAACCUGAGCACCGUUGACCAGAUUUGUGAGCAAGUUUGGGCGCGCAAGAAUGCUGGCAGUGACCAAGCGGAUAAGAUCUUUCCUGCUCUUGGGAAGGACAUCCCGCCUCUGGGCCCUGCUGUCCGCCCAGCUAACAAGAAGUGGAAGCAUCUUCAGGAGAUAAGGAAGGGGAGAAACCGCCGGACCCACGAUGGAAAACCAAAUCCUCGGGCACCACGCAGCGCAGGGGAGUAACAACGUCGAGAAAGAGAUGGAGGCAGAAAAGAAUGACUGAUAAAGGGAGAAAGGAGGAGAAUGACAGAAAGACACUGAAAGACCAAGAACUCUUGGAGGCGUUCACACAUCCAGAUACACAUAUGCACAUCAACACACACACACACACACACACUCACAUAGCACCUCCUCUAUUGUGUAUAUUUAUCUAUGGAUGCCCCCACUAUACGGUACCCCAAUCCCUGAGUCCUCAUCCCACUGGUCAGCCCCUGCAUGUGCUGCCUUACUGCCCAAAUUGAUUCUGCAUGAUCCCUUUACACUGUUCAUGCCACAUGCCAGCUACACAUGUUAUGUGUGGAUAGUGGGUCACAGCAUUAACACCUACUCUCUGGGCUACACCACUUGGAACAAAAACCCCCCAAAGCUUAAGUUUAACUCUUCUCAUGGCUUUUUUUUACCUGAAGAUUUAAUACUAGUAUAUAAAAAUGGUGGACUUGAAUGUUGUGUACAAUGGAAAAGAGCAGAGAAACGUGACAACUGGAAUAUCUUACCAAGUAAUGGUCUCUAACUGGAAACAUACUUAACUUUUUAUGUGCAAUUGCACAAUCAUGCAGAAAGAUAAACAGUUUUUAAAACAGAUGGAUUGAUCAACUUCCUGUGGAGCCUGUGGAAUAGAUAAGCAUGGUGCAGAACUGGUCAUAUUAUAUAGAGGUUUCAUAGCGGUUACCUUAGUCAAAUUGAGGCAUGUUGCAGCAAAAUAAAUCACACAAUACAAUGCAGUUAUGGUUAGUGAGCAGUCAUAUCUGGCCAGAUAUGAUUAUAUUGUUUUACCGGUCCAAACCACUAGAGAAUGAGGGGUGGAAAAACUACUGGCAUUCCGUGAUGUGAGAGAAAGACAAGAUGUUUACAGUACACAGACUAAGAUGGAGCAUGAAGAAGUAAGUCUCAAAAGGCAAAAAAGUGCUUAUAAAACCUGGAUUACAUAAAAAAAAAGUUUAAUUAGGUUUUACAUGGAAUCUUUAAAGGUACUACAUGUAAGUUUUGCUGUUGCUGCACAGCCAAUGUCAGCAUUAACAGCUGUUUACUUACCGGUGUUGAAGAAACGUUGCAAGUUCAGCAUCAAACUUCAUUCCUUUAUUCGCCAAGAGCUGUUGCCAGUGGUGGAAAGCAAUGCUAAUGUUAACUCUUUUUUAGCUUCUAUUUCUAUCACUUCUUUUCUCCUACUGAAGUUAGCAUGCAAACCAGCUAGCCCUGGGCUGUACCGUCUUGUAAUACCACUUUACGAUAGGGAGUCAUUGUAGCGUCCAGUCUGCCCUCAGUUCAGCAUGGGAGGAUGAAAAAGUAGCGCUGCCAAGAGGGCAUAUUCUAACGUCUUGUCUUGUAAAGACAAUGAUGGCUGAGGCUCUUGGAAAGCAACCAUUAUCCCCACCACCACAACCACCCGCUCCCAGCAAGAAACCACAUUCAGCAGCAGAGAAAACUUACAUAUAGCCCCUUUAACAUACAUAAAUAUCAUAGUUAGCAUUGAAAUUGCAUAUAGAAUGAAAGUUUUGACAUAAUCCAAAACCUCACUAUAAAUUCACAAUUUAUUGGUUUUAUUUGACUGUGUUCAAUGUUUUUUGCAUUAAUAUUAAGGAGAAAUCAUGAACAUGGUGGUUUGGGUGGGAAGCAUUAAGUGAGAAGGAAGAGGAAAGAUCUUAAUGGACUCCAGUAUGACAACCCACGUUUCAGGGCUACAGUACAGUAUAUAUAUUAGCAUGAUAUUUAUAAGUGAAACUAUGAUUUUUUUUUCUUUGUAUUCUAAGUGGUACUUCUAUUCCUUGCUCUUUUACACUGUUCUUGCAUAUGUUGUUUACGAUAAGUACAUAUAUGCAAAUAUUAUGAAACGACAGUUGAUGAAUCCUCAGUCAGCAUAGAAAUGUACAGAAUGCUGUUCUUCUGCGCUACCCACAAUGCAUUUCACUGUUGGCAAAAACAAAAAAAACAAAAAAAAAACUUCCAUCUGACUUCAUACACUGUUGUGGUCACUUCUCAAUGUAGUGUUAGUCAUUAAUAUCAUUGACUUUUGCUGCUUAACAAUGUCAUCUCUUCCUAAUGGACAAUUAAAUUGAUACGGUCUUCCUUCUCUCUGUCUUUAGUCCAAUCUCUCUCUGUGUAUUAUCUGUAAAGAAACCUUAUUUGUUGGUUGUCUGUGCUAACAUGGUGUGUGUAGCCUGUUCCCUAGUGUCCAUUGUGUGUACAGGCUCAGAUGAAGAGCCUAACUGUGGUACCAUACUUUAUUAUAUCAUAGUCUAUUGACAUGAAAGAAAGUAAAUGGCCUUGUAAGAUAAAACGUAAAUUUAUGUUUUGCAUUCAUGAAACCUCAAUAUAAUUUUUAUGAUGGACAUAUGGUCUAAUUUGUGCUGCUGCCAUAAAUUUUUCAAAAGCAAAAUGGCUUUUAAAAAAUUUCCAGUAAAAUCUUACAAAAAUGUAUUUUUGUAAUAGUAUUCUUACUUCUACAUUUGGCUUUGUUGUGUCUAUUACUUCACACGACUGUGAACUGUGUGCCAAAAUGGCCCUUGGAUCAAAGUUCUUUUGGAAACCAGGUCCUGAUAACAGGAGGCAGCACAAAUUAGGUCUGUGAGUGGAUUUUAGAUGUAUGGAUUCAUUGUCGUUGUUAUUUAUAUACAUUCUUUAUAGAGAUGUAAUUAACUCUUUAAACCGAACUGAACUGAACUGACUGGUGCCUGUAAAAGGGACACUCUGCAUUUUGACGCCACAAUCAGGAACAGAAGAUUCAAUGCAAAAAGGAGGUUAAAAAAAAAAAAAAGAAUUUAAUUGUAGAUACAUGUUGUUGGUCCAUGCAUGUGCCAGUACCUGCAUUUUAAACCACAGAACUAUUGAGUUUAGGCUACUAAUUCACUAAAUGGAGAUUUAAGUUAUUAGUUGUGUGCUUCUCUUUUCUUUAAUAAAACAUUAUUUACAUUGGUAGUGAUGUCAGACUUGACCGAGUCUCCCUUUUAAGCCAGCUGUUGUUUUGUGCUCAUUUGAAAUUGCAUGACCAAUGUUAGUGGCUAACGCGUUUGACAAUGGUGUGGUGGCAAGAGAGAGCGAGAGAAAGAAAGCACAAUGUUGAAUAUUAUUAUUAUUCCUAUGUAUUUAUGUGCAAAGAUAAGCUGAUAUGUUGUGGUGGAUUUUAUUUUUCUUAUAAAUGUAGAUUUACAUCUGUAUCGUUAAUGUUCUGCUGAAAAAGGACUCAUCCUCAACUUUUUUUUGUACAUUAUGGCCAAUGGGAAAAUUCUUCCUGAACACAGUGUCCAAUUAGAGUCUUUGUUGAUCACAGCCCUCCAAUCAACACUCCUGUUGCAUCCCAUGCCAUGUGACGCACCCCUGUAUGAGAGUUCACAAGGAGAGGCUUGUGUGUGUGUGCGUGUGAGUUAGAGAGAGAUGUGUGCGUGUGGUUUGUGUGUGUAUGAGAGAGAGUUUUGGGGGAAAGCAGAGCUCUGUAAAUAAUGGCAAAGGAACAGUGGUGUGCAUGUGUAGAGCGGUCUGUUGGUGAAAGUUCAAAGAGCGAAGGCCAAAGUUAACGUGGUGCACUGUAAUACUCCCAGAGGUCUUUGUGAAAUGUCCUGUCAGAUUGUUUUUGAUUAACACAA